AUGGUGUCCGGUUGUGGGAAAGAACUCCACAAAUUCCCACCCUGCCGCAUCUUGGAUCUGAUAGACUUGGGAGAAUUGGGCAGUGGCUGUGAGUUGAAAGACUGUGGUGUCACAUCGAGCUUUCAGGGAGGCUACACCAACCAAGAUUGCUUCAUGGAGGAACCAAUGUUUGGAUUCAUUGAGCUAGUUUGUGUCACCGUGAUUUACAUUCCUCUGAUGCUGUGUGGCCUCAUUGGAAAUAUACUGACAAUUCUGGUAGUCGUGCUGCGUCCACACAUGAGAAGUUCGACCUACCUGUACCUGAGCAGCAUGGCUGUCAGUGACCUGCUGAUCCUCCUGCUGCUGCCUCUGGACCUCUACAAGCUGUGGAGGCCCAGACCCUGGCCCCUGGGAGACCUGGCCUGCAAGCUGACCAUGUUCCUGUCCGAGUGCUGCACCUUCUGCACCAUCCUCCACAUCACCUUCCUGUCCCUGGAGAGGUACCUGGCGGUCUGCUGGCCGAUCACGGCCAAGACGCUGGUGACACGACGCAGAACCAGGACUGUGAUCGGCUGCCUCUGGCUGGGGGCGGCCGUCAGCGCCGCUCCGGUGUUGAUCAUGGUUGGAGUGGAAGACAUCGGCGGUGAGGAGCACGGACUCGGCCACUGGCAGGAGGACAGAGGGUGGAGCCAUGGGGAAGCAGAACAGAGAGGCUUAAUGCUGGACGGAGGGGAAAGAGACAGCGGACAUGUGACCUUUAUGGAUGGAGGACUGGAGAGAACACGCUGGGGAGGAAAAGACGCGAAAGGAUGGGAGGAAAUGUUCGGAGGCAAAGAAGAGAACGAUCUCGGACCAGAUGCUGCAGUGGAAAAGAAAAAAGAGGAUGGAGGAGAAAAGGGAGAGGAAAGAGGUGAAGAAGAAAGUGAGAUGAAGCCUAAAGGAGUGCAGAGAAGUAAAAAGAAGGAGGAUGAAGGUGGAGGAAUUGAGGAGGAGGAGCACAGAGGCCACCCGGCAGAGUUCGACCUUAGAGAGUGCCGCUGCACGCACUACGCCGUCUCCUCCGGCCUGCUGUCGGCCAUGAUGAUUCUGUCCAACCUGUACUUCCUGAUUCCCCUCUGCAUCCUGGGACUGGUGUACAGCCUGAUCGGACGGACGCUGUGCCUCCGUCCAAAGAGCAGCCGGAGGGACCAGAGUCACCGGCACACCAACAAAAUGCUGGGAGUGAUCGUGUUGGCGUUCGUCCUCUGCUGGCUUCCCUUCCAUGUUGGUCGGACCAUCUUCUCCUUCUCCAUGGGCAGCGUCCUCGACGAACAGGUGUCCCAGUACUUCAACCUGGUCUCGUCCGUCCUCUUCUACCUCAGUGCUGCCGUCAACCCGCUGCUUUACAACCUGAUGUCCGCCAGGUACCGGCGCGCCGUGCACAGCCUCGUGCACACGCACACUCGCAGGCAGCGUCACCGCCUGCGCACCAUCUCCACGCGGCACUCCAGCACCAUGCUGUGA